ACCGGAGGAGUGGCGAGGAGCAAGUGAGCAACGGCGCUUGGUAAGGAGAGAGCGAGAGCAUCGUCGUAGGUUCUCUGAUCUGUUUGUAGUUUGUAGCGGUGAUAGUAGAGCAAAUGCAUCAAGAUCCAGCGGAGAUCCGGAACCUCCCCAUCGACAUCGCCUUCGCUCGCCUCGGAGAAUGGUUGGUGGAUCGGAAGAAGAUACCGUACGAUUGGAGGAAGCGGGUGAGCGCGAUCAGGUCCCGGAUCUCCUCCGCCCUCUCCUCUCUCCCCCGCGAUCUCGACCCGUUCCUCCGAACCCUAGACCCCGAAGCGAUCGGGUACUUGGAAGCAAAGCAAAUAUAUACGAUUCUCCUAAAUUCAACCUCGGAAAGUCGUAACAUUUUUGGACGCCUAUCUGGUUCUGCAGGUGAAUGGGAGGCCAUAGUUCGAUCUUUCGAGAAGGAUCAUGUAUUUCUGGGUGAGGCUGCUCAAAUAAUGGUUCAAAAUGUAAACUAUGAAAUUCCCUAUCAGAAAAAGCAGGUUCAGAAGAUUCAACAGCAACUUGCAGAGCUAGAAAGAAAGGAGGCUGAUAUCAAAAGAAACGCUGCUCUAUCUGCAACAAAGUAUUCUGAAGCUUGUCAGGAGCUUGGAUUGCAGGGUAAUAAUGUUAGAUUAGAGCUUAUAGAGACGGCGAAAUCUCUUCCUUCCACAUUUAGCAGAAUUUUGGAAGUCGUCAAUGGAGAUUCUGUUUCAAGGGCCAUAGAAUAUUAUACAAACUUUGUCAGAGAUGCACAUACAGAGGAAGAGAAAACAUCAGUCUCCGUGCUACAAAAUCUGAGGCACCUAAAAGAAAAUCCUCCUUCUCUUCAUGUGUCAUUAUCUGCUGAGGUCCAAAAUUCUCUGGAAAGUACAGCAAAGCCCAACUUAUCUUCUCUUGAAACAGGAGGAAAGCCAUUGGAUUCUAAUGAGCCCAUGGAUGCCAUUGAUUGGAAUAUUUCAGCGGACGAUACCCAAAUCGACUGGGAUAUUGGAACAGCUGAACAACCUGAAGAACCGGGUGAUGCCUUUGGUUCUUAUGAAAUAAUUGAUGCUAACAUAGACUUGAGAGAUUCUGAAAAUGGUAAUGGUGUAGUAUCAGAUCACACAAUGUUGAAUAAAGGAGAGGAGGGUGUUAUCUCUAGCAAUUCUGAAUCAGAGAUAUGCUGGGAAAUUGGCAUUCAGAAUCCUCAAAAUGAAGAUGUUGUUCUUCCAGAUUUAUCGAGUUUGAACGAAUUAAGGCAACCUGAAUGCCUAGCUGAAGGAAGAAGUCAAUUAUUGGACACUGAAUAUAGAAAUAAGAUUCUUGAUGAUCUGUUUGAGAUAAAAUCAUUUUUAAAUCAACGUUUGAUGGAAAUGAGGAAUGGGGAAACUUCAUCCUUACAACACCAGGUUCAGGCUGUAGCUCCUUUCGUGCUUCAGCAAUAUUCUUCCGAUGCCGUGCAUGGGAUGCUAUUGGAGGUAUCCCUGGCUAUUUCCUUGCUUACAAACAGGAAAACACGCGAUUUAAUCAUGAUUCUCAACUCCCGAAGAUUUUUAGACAGAUUAGUGACAACUGUGGAGGAAAAGAAGCAUCACGGAGUCAAACUCCAGGAGAGCUUGAAUGAUUUGUCAGCAAGGCGCAUGGAGCUGCACAAUGCAUUGUCAUCAUCCUGGCCAAAGCAAGAAGCAGCCAUUGCAAAAACAAGGGAACUAAAGAAGUUGUGCGAGCAAACAUUAUCUUCUAUGUUUGAUGGGAGACCAGUCAACAUAAUUGGCGAGAUCAAUACAACAAUAAAUUCUAGUGUCAGUUAGUGAGGAACUCAGUGUAAAACACACCUAAUGGCUCUCUGGAGGUAUAAGAGAUGCUUCCGGUGGUAGGAUACUCUCAGAUUAUCCUUCAAGGCAACCUUGAGCGGAAUACUGCUGUUGCUGCGUUCAUUGAGACCUAUGAGGAAAAAAAAAAGAUACACCAAUUAAAGAUGUAAAGCAAGAAAAUAACAAAGGUAAAUAUUAAUGACCUAUUUGGUUUAGCUGGAACUUUUGUAGAGACGCUUGUUUGGUAUAAAUCUUUUCUAGUCUUUCCUUUUCAAUUAAAUUUGAGUUUUCUGCUUUGUAAGUCAAUAACGCUAAUAUGAGAAUUACUACUGAGGGACCAUCUUACCAUUCUCUGUAAUGUAGAUGACCGGAUUGUUA